AUGGCCGGUGGUCAAAGACAAUGGCUAGUGGCGCUCGUAUGGGCAGCCCUGGGUUCUGUUUUGGCGGAUUCCUGGACUACUUAUCAGGAACAACCAUGUUGUCGUCCAGUUACACAUCACCGAGUUCGACACCACAGGGGCCACCCCGUGGCAGCACAAGCUAGUGCUAGUCGCAGGAAAAGGCCAUUAAGGCCGAGCUACACUCGACAAAACCUGGGCUAA